AUGAUACAUGGACCGUGCGGUGAACUAAAUAUGAAUUCACCAUGUAUGAUUGAUGAAAAGUGUUCGAAACGAUACCCAAGGCAAUUUACUUCAGAUACAAUAACGGGCAAUGACGGAUAUCCGUUGUAUCGACGUAGAUUACCUAAUGAUAAUGGCAAAACGGCCACCAUUAGAAUGCAUAACCAGGAAGUUGAAGUUGAUAAUCGUUGGGUGGUUCCGUAUUGUCCAUUAUUAUCGAAAAUAUUCAACGCUCAUAUAAAUGUGGAAUAUUGUAAUUCUGUCAAAUCCAUUAAAUAUAUUUGCAAGUAUGUAAAUAAAGGGAGCGAUAUGGCUAUUUUCGGAGUUGCUGAUGAGAAUAGAUAUGAUGAAAUUACUCAGUAUCAAAUGAGUCGCUAUAUUAGUAGCAAUGAAGCUGUCUGGAGGAUUAUGUCGUUUCCAAUGCACGAAAGAUAUCCUGCGGUUAUUCACGUGGCUGUACAUCUUGAGAAUGACCAACGUGUUUAUUUUAAUGUAGCAAAUUUAUUGGAAAUAGCAGCGCAACCACCAGCAACUACGUUAACAGCUUUUUUUAAAUUAUGCGAAACUGAUACAUUUGCGAUAACUUUGUUAUAUUUUGAAGUGCCUCAGUAUUACACAUGGAAUGUGUCUCCGAAAAAAUUUCAAAGACGUAAACAAGGAACAGCAGUUCAUGCGCAUCCUGGCAUUUUCCAAACAGAUGCAAUUGGCAGAAUAUAUACAGUACAUCCAAACAAUGUUGAGUGUUUUUAUUUGAGAUUGUUAUUAGUUAACGUGAAUGGCCUAAAAUCAUUUCAAGAAUUUAGAACAGUCAACGGUCAUUUGUGUGAAACAUACCGUGAAUCAUGCCAACUUUUGCAUUUGUUGAAGGAUGACGCUCAUUGCGAUUCAACAAUUCAUGAUGCAUCUAUUUGGGCUCAUCCUCAACAAAUACGAAUGCUGUUUGCCGUUAUAUUAUCAACAUGUAUGCCAUCAAAUCCACUUGAAUUAUGGAACAAAUAUAAACAUAAUAUUGCAGAAGAUAUUUUAAUUCGUAUGCGUCAUCAUGCAAGAAAUCCUGAUUUGUUGAUAACUUUGGAAAUGUACAACGAAGCCUUGAUAAUAAUUGAAGAUAGGUGUCUACGGAUUGCAAAUAAAACAUUAGUACAAUUGGGUAUGACCGUACCAAAUCGUGACAUGCAUGAUCUGUUUGAUCGUGAAUUGCAACGUGAGCAGGAAUUCAAUUCUAAUGAUUUGCGUUUAUUUGUACAAUCGAAUAUAACCAAAAUGAAUAUUCAGCAAAAACAUGUCUAUGACACAAUCAUGCAAGCCAUUUCCAAUAAUGCAG